AUGCGGCUAGGUAGGCAUGGGCGGUGGCUUCCCAGGAUUGUGGCCAGACGAGAGUUUGGCACGGGAGGGGUGGGAGGUUUUAAGCCAAGACAGCUAGUUGAGGUGACGGCAUCCCCCGUGAAGGACGUCAUGGUCCUUGCCAUGAAAAACCCGACGGAGAACGUUCUCUCUGCAUCCCUCAUGAGCGAACUUUUGGACGCAAUCGGCGAGCUGUGCAACCCUGAGAAGGAGCUUUGCCGGGGUAUUGUUUUGACCUCUGCACUUGUUGGUAGUUUUAGUGAAGGUUUGGAUCUGAAGCUGCUCCACACAACCAUGGAAUACGAAACCUUUGCGCAUUAUUGGAGCCAGCUUCAAAAACUGUAUGUAACCCUCAACACCCUUCCUGUUCCGCUGGUGUCGGCUAUAAAUGGAGACGCCGUCGGUGCUGGCUGUAUCAUAGCAUUGGCAUCGGACUACAGAGUCAUGGCGGCAAGGGGGGACGGGCAGGGAAGACCAUUUAAAAUCGGUAUCAAUGCCACCAGGUGUGGAUUGACGGUUCCACCAUCGUUCGCGGCUCUCACGUCGUAUGUUGUUGGGUGCAGAAGGUGUGAGGCGCUCCUUCAGCUCGGGGAGCUGGUGGAUGCCCAGACCGCAAAAAUGAUUGGGCUCGUAGAUGAGACCGUGGAAAAUGCAGAUGAGGUACUUAUACCGGCGUUGGACAUGGCUGAGAGGCUGACUGGCGGAACCCCUUGGUGCUACUGGACGGUGAAGGAGGUAUCACGGAAGAAACUUGUUGCGCCCUUUUGUACAUCGGCGCUUCGAAACGCCGAGUGCUCAAAUUUUUACGAAAUGCUCAAAAACCCCGACGUGGAGCGGGAUCUUGGAGCAUACCUUACAGGAGCAUAA